AUGCUGUUCUGCGUCGAAGGGAUGAAGUUUGGGUAUGAAGAGAGGAUGCGUUCUUGUCGUUAUGGCUUUAGACGUCAUGUGACCUCUGACCUUGAGCUCACAGGAGAGGUUGGUUCAUCUGGCAACGCUUUUGAGGAUCUCUUAAUCACAGCUUCAGUUCGCGUCCGAAACAAGUGCUUGCAGCGAAGCACUCGUCACGAGCAGAGACGCCCUUGUGUAGAUCUGUUGCUUAAAUGCGUGGGCGUGACGGACGGGUGGUGGGGGCAGAAGCCGGAGUUCGGGGCGGCGACUUCGGUGACUGUGCUCGAAGGGGAGACGGCGAAGCUGCCCUGCAUUGUGCUGCAUCUCAACGACAGAGCGGUCACAUGGCUCAGGAGACGCGACCUGCACAUCUUAACUGCAGGUCAACACACGUACUCCGCGGACCAGAGAUUUCAGGUUGUACACACGGAGGGCAGUAAUGAAUGGACUCUCGUAGUACGUUACGCCCAACCACGUGACGCCGGCGUGUACGAGUGUCAAGUCAACACCGAUCCCAAGCUGUCACGGCCUGUCCUGCUACAAGUGACAGAUCCGAACCCAGAGCUGAGUGUGACGAAGGGAAAGGUCUUCGUGGCCAACAACACGGCCUCCACAAAAGACGGUGACCUCCGCGUCGAAAUCCAAGGCCCCCGGGAACUGUACAUCGAAGAAGGGUCAUCUCUCACCCUGACCUGCCUCGUGACCACGUCCAGGGAGCCAUCGACGGUCGUGUACUGGUAUCACAACACGAAUCUCAUCGAUUAUAACUCACCUCGAGGCGGGGUCAAUCUGAAGAUCGACCGGGGACGAGGGGAAACUACAACUCGUCUCGUCGUAUCAGCUGUUGGUCAGGGAGACUCAGGCAUGUACUCGUGUGUGCCUCCCGGUUCUCAUCCAGCGACCGUCAGGGUCCACGUGCAGAAAGGGGAUCACGAGGCAGCCAUUCAGCAGAGCGGAGUCAGCGGCGCCAGCAGCGGGUCCUCUCUGCUCCUGCUUCCUUGCCUCUCCUCCCUGCUCCUCUUCCUCUUCGUCUAUUCCCCUCAUUUAUUCCUCCUCCCCAAACACUCGUACGUUUUGCUCCUCUCCUGCGCUCUUUGUCUCGCUCCUUCUCUCCUCCUCUGCUUCUGCUACUGCUGGUGCUUCUGCUGCUGUAGCGUCGCCGUGUUCCUCUGCUGUCUCUCGUCCCUCGCGCUUCGAGUCCCCCGUCAGGACGUCCCUCCUUCGUCCUGCUUCCUUAGGUCACCUCCUCCUCCUCCUCCUCCUCCCUCCCCUGCCCCAUUCCUUCCUCCUUCGCCCUCCUUCCUCCUUCGUCCAUCCUCGAACACCAGUCCUCAGUGCCCUGCCUCGCUCGCCCUCCCUCCGCCAGGCAGCCGAGAGCACGGUGAGUCCUAGGGCGAGGUCCUCCACGCCCCUACAACUCCACGCCCACUGUCUGGAGUUCCCAAAGUGUUGACGUCCAGGCAGGCAGACCCGUGACGUCAUGCGGGGUGCCUGAGGAAGGAGCUUAGUGAAGUCAGUUUUGUAUGUCUACUCUAUAUAAGAAUGUGCAGAUGUGGAAUAACAAUAAAGAGAUGAUUGUUUAGAAUGUGGGUUUGAAUUGGUGCCUUUUAAAAAAUA